GGAGGGGUGAGCUGCCUGGUGGAAAGGACUGAAAUGUCCUUCAUAUAAACCGGUGACAAAGUGGCGAGCAGCGGCCCCCGGGCAGCAGAGAUCACAGCCAGCACAGAGAGAGGCAGAGACAAGAGAGAGAGAAAAACAGAGAGAGAGGAAGAGAGGGAGAGAGAGAGAGAGAGAGAGAGAGAGAGAGAGAGGAGGAGGAGGAGACCGGAGCUCCGAGCACCGCGCACAGCCGCUGGAUCCACAGCAACACACCGGGGAGACGCAGAGAAAACACUCACCAACAGAAAAACUAUUCGGAGCAUCUUUUUCCCCGCCGACAGACCUGUUCGUGGCUGUAGAGAUGGGUGUCACCUUUCGCCCUCUGCUAUUGGUUUGCGCAUAUUUGGCGGCUGCGCUGAUUGGUGGAGCCCGCUCGGAGGGGAUGUGUCUUCAGGAUGGCAAGCACAAAGCCACGCCCAGCCCGGAGCCACACCUGAAGGACUGCGCGCUUUAUGCGGACAAUAGCUGCUGCACAGAGGAUGACAUCCAGGACAUCUCCCAUGUUCCCGCUGCCAACAAUAAGAAUGAACCCUGGGACAAAUGUGGGCCUCUGAGCUCUGAGUGCGAAGGUUUCCUGAAGCGUGUGUCAUGUUUUUACCGCUGCUCCCCCGAUGCUGCGCGCUGGCCUCACCCCCAUCGCCGCUCGUACAUCCAGGCUGUGCCGCUCUGCCAUAGCUUCUGUCGUGAUUGGUUUGAUGCCUGCAGGAUGGAUUUGACAUGUGCUCGUAACUGGGCCAGAGACCCCAGGGGACAGAACUGCACUGGAACCUGUGUUCAGUACCAGCAGAUGUACCAGCACGGCAGGGAUCUCUGCGAGAGCCUGUGGGGCGACGCUUUCAUGACAGUGGAGGAUGAGCCAGAGGAUGUGGGCGAGGCUGGAGAGAUUGGAGUGGAGGGCGAUGGCAGUGCCCCUGGCUGCCUGACCCUCAGCCCGUCCGACAAGGACGUGAUCGCAGCCCUCAGGGCCCAACAAGACGACCCGGAGGAGCUGGAUACCACCAAGACGGGCCUACCUCAGUACCGGGCCCCGUGCCAGACCAAGCUGCCACUGCAGGCCAGGAGCGGCAGGAAGGGGAACUCCGUGCUGCGUAAACGCUCAGUCAUGGUGGAUGACGGGGAGGGGAGUGGCAGCGGCUUGUAGAGAGGAGUGAUAGAUGACAAUAAAUUUAGAAUUAAUUGUCUAGAUCCUAACAUACAAAAUCUAUCUCUUGAAAUGGAGUUGUAACCUUGCUCCUCUAAGUAACCUUACCACACAAACCUAAGCUCUCAUUAUCAUUAUCAUCACAUUUCAGAUAUAAUCUCUAUGGUUUUAAAUAGUACUAUAUCUGGCAUAAGAGAGACUGACAAGCUUGUAACACUUACUGAUCAAUUAUUUGAUAGACCAACCUAAACAGCUGGGAUUUAAAAAACAAUUGAAGAUGCCACAACUGAAUGAAUAUUGUAUUGAGUAUUUAAAGGCGAAAUUCUCAGUUCUGCAAGGGCUCUGACUUCAGUGAUUAGACUGCCUUUCCCAAUAUGGUUGAUAAUAUCACACAAUGGUUGCACAAAUGUUUUAUUGCCAGCUAACAAGGAUUUUUUCACCAGGUCUUUAUCAAAGUCGGGUAUCUUAUUUGCUUUGUAUGGCUCAGUAAAACACAUCACUCUACAUAUGAGGUGUGUGAAGUCUUGAACAUGAGAAAUGUAAAGUGCUACAGAUGAAGCGUCUCUGCAUGAAUCAAACAUGUUGUCAUUAACCAGAGGACUGUUGAUGACAGUGCUGUAAACAUAAUGUACCUGCACCAGAACUUCACUACCCUGCUAUUCUUUUCAAUCAUCUAGGUGACUUUAAUCUGUGCAUUAGUCAGUUGUUAAAUGCAGAUCUUACUGUUGUGAUGCUGUACUGUGCAGUCUACAUGUCAUGAGGUAUAUGAUAGUGGAGAGAGUCAUGAUAAUAAUGAAUGUAACUUAGGCUUUCUAACAGAGACUGACCUGAAAGCAUAGGAUCUGGUAUUGUAAUGACAGUGGAGAGGUAUGCUUACCUGAGGGAGGGUUUAAUAUUCAGAAACAAAAUCUGCUCGCCAGAGUAAAUCCGCAGAGGCAGUAUUCUUACCAGAUAGGUUUGUUCUGGUAGUUUGAUCACGUAUCAUCAAUGUACUGUGGAUGUUUCUUUUAUAAUCAUGUCAUGUAUUUCUAGCGUGAGGCACUGUUAGAUGUAAAUGUUUUGUAAAAAAAAAAAAAUGGAGGAAACUGAUUUGUCUGAUUUAUGGUAAGCUCGCUGAAAGUGGGUGUUUCUGUGCUUUUCUUUACAUUCUCAAUAAAGACAACAUUUCUAAAUGUCA